UCCCUCUCCGGUUGGUGUGUUUCCAUCUGACCGGGCUUUCAUUCACAGCAGGAGUGUGUGAGAGUGUGUGUGUGAGUCCGGAUGAAAGAGUGUGAUCCUCGGCAGGAGAAGGAGAGGGAGGAUUUCUUUUUUCACAUUUGGAUGCUUCUCGGAUCAUAAACUCUCUCGGACUUUCUAAACAUGCACCUCCUGGGAUUAUCUCUCCUAUUGGUUUAUCUCCUCUACUCUAACCUCGCGAGCGAGCUCAGCCACUCAGAUUAUUAUGAUUACUACGAGCACGAGCAGAGGGACGAGCCGGACUCCCCACCAAAACCAGACAUGGAGCAGAAGUUGCGUUCAGCCUCCAGCGUCGAUGAACUCAUGAGUCUUAUUUACCCUUCAUACUGGGCGUCUCUGAAGUGCAGAUCUAAGCUUUCUGCCGCAGCCUCCUCGGCCUCCAAACUUUCUCAGCGGCCUCAGCCUCGCAGACAACGACUGCCGGCUGAAACGGAAGAGCCGACGUUUGCUGCUGCCUACCUCAACCUGGACCUCCUGAAAAGUAUAGAGUCAGAGUGGAGGAAGACUCAGUGCAUGCCCAGAGAAGUCUGUGUCGACGUGGGCAGGGAGUUCGGGGCUCCCACCAACAUCUUCUAUAAACCCCCGUGUGUGUCCGUCUACAGAUGUGGAGGAUGCUGCCACUCUGAGGAUAAACAGUGUCGGAAUAUCUCCACCGGAUACCUCAGCAAAACCCUCUUUGAGAUCACGGUGCCGAUCACACAGGGCACCAAACCAGUGACCAUCAGCGUGGCCAACCACACCCAGUGCAGCUGUCUGUCUAAACUGGACGUCUACAAACAAGUCCACAGCAUCAUCAGGAGAGCCCUGCCUGAGUGUCCGAUCACCAACAGGACGUGUCUUCCUGGUCAGACGUGGAACAGUAGACAAUGUCGGUGUGUCAGUGUAAACACACACCUGCACCUUAAUCCCCCUCCUCCUCCACUGCCCCCUCCAAGACCCUCACAGCAGCACCUGGACAUAUUUUCAUCAGAUGUGUGCGGCCCUGAUAAAGAACUGGACUUGGAAACCUGUCAGUGUGUUUGUCAGCACAGAGAUCUGACCCACGACUGCGGCCCAAACCGACACCUCGACCGCAACACCUGCCAGUGUGCCUGCAACAUGUCGCCCACCCCAGCCUGCCCGCUAAACCACGUCUUCAACAGGGAGACCUGUCAGUGCACGUGCAGCAAGACGUGUCCGAGGCACCAGCCCCUCAAUAAAGCCAAGUGUUCCUGUGAAUGCAACGAAUCACCAAACAAGUGUUUCCUCAAAGGAAGGAGGUUUCAUCCAGCCACAUGCAGCUGUCUGCGGCCUCCCUGUGAAGUAAGACGGCGACGGUGUGAGCCAGGAUUCUCCUUCAGCGAGGAAGUGUGUCGCUGCGUACCGUCCCACUGGAGACGGCUGGACUAAAAGAUGCUCCUGAGCAGAUUGCAGACUGAGGAGGUAGAAUUCAUCACCCAGCCCCCGUAGACCUGCUGGCCCUAAAUACCCAGUCCAGCUGUGAGGCAGCUAAGUGAGCGGACCCUGAAGGGAAACUUUAGUGAUUGGAGGAAUGGGAACUGUGAUGAAUGAAGGUGGGACAUGCACUGAAGCGGCUAAGAAGACAUUUUAUGGGAGAGCGGCUGACCCAAGCCCAGAAAUGAAGGACUGGAUGAGUCAACUCUCAAUACCUGUUCUAAGUAUUGUCUAAAUAAUUUGUUUUAAAAUAUUCGGGGGGUUUUGUAUUAAUUAUGUCUCAGUAUUCUUAUGUCAGAUAUUGAUUAUAUAAUUUAUUAAAUGUUAUUGUUCAACCUGUUAUUGCAAUUUCAAUCUUUUUCCAUGGAAAUAC